UUUUUUUUUACUUCUUGCAGGGUCUUAAUCAUGUAUUAUUGGUUUGCGUCUGUUCAACAUUUUAUGCUGUAACUCUACUCCCAGUCUGAAACGUAAACCCAAAAAAAAUUAAGUGGCAAAUUCAAAAUUUUAACUUUUAACCAGAUUUGCAGUGGGAUCUGCGACGACUUUAAUUUUUCGGAGAAAAACAUUGAAUUAAAUCCGCAAUUCUCCAAAGAAAUACAAAGUCGCAAUUCACGAUAUAACAAUGAAUAAUACUUAUAUAUGUAUUAGGCUAUGUGAUGGGUGGUAUUAAUGUUCGUUUGUAUACAGUGGAGCCUCCAGUUGUGCUGGCCUACGAGCAUACUAUUCCGCAGCAUUUCAUUCCUGAUAAUUCAGCAACGACAAAUUCGAAUGUAAGUGCCGCUGUUAUUGCUGCGAUUGACAGCCCAAAUAGCACUGCUAAUGACUUCAAUUACGUAGAAGUAAGCAAUAGCAACACUCCUGCAACAAGCACUAUCGUUUCACUAAGCAACUUUACCUACUCUCACUUCAUUGCGGCUGUGUCUCAUGCUGUCCUUACGUCUACACCACCGACUACGACUUUGUCAAUGGCAUCAUUCGAUCUUCAUCCAGUUUUGAUUGAGCAAGAUAUUUCUUCAUCAUUUAACGGUGGCAAUAAAAUUUCGGAGGACGUAGUGGGAAAUAAUUUGGGACCAUCAACAGAGACGACAGAGAGUGUAGGAAAUGAUAAACUAAAUUCGUUCUAUUUUUACGAGAUGGAACAGUUCGCAGUCCUGUGGAUACUCUUCACUGUUAUUGUGCUCGGUAACUCUACGGUGCUUUUUGUUCUGUUUGUAAAUAAAAAUCGAAAAUCAAGAAUGAAUUACUUUAUUAGGCAGCUGGCAGUCGCAGAUCUUUCUGUCGGUUUGCUUCAUGUGCUUACCGACAUAAUAUGGCGAAUAACAAUUUCAUGGAGGGCCGGUAAUAUUGCUUGUAAGCUCAUACGCUUUUCCCAAGUUUGCGUAACAUAUUCCUCUACGUAUGUGCUAGUAGCUAUGAGUAUCGAUCGCUAUGACGCCAUAACUCACCCAAUGAACUUCUCGAAAUCAUGGCGAAGGGCAAAGCAUCUUGUUACAGCAGCAUGGGUAGUAUCAGUUAUUUUCUCGUUACCCAUUUUGUUUCUUUACGAAGAAAAGCUAAUCCAGGGCCAGAUGCAAUGUUGGAUAGAACUUGGUUCGCCGGAAGCAUGGCAAACAUAUAUGUGCCUAGUGGCGACAACACUAUUCAUACUUCCCGCGCUUAUCAUCUCAGCUUGUUAUGCGAUUAUCGUCAAAACAAUUUGGGCGAAAGGCUCCAUAUUCACAUCCGGAGAACGUUGUAAUAACAAUGUAACUAGUAGAAGAGCCAGCUCUCGCGGAAUAAUACCUCGAGCCAAAGUAAAAACCGUCAAAAUGACAUUUGUUAUUGUCAUCGUAUUUAUACUGUGUUGGUCUCCAUACAUUGUCUUCGACUUACUGCAAGUAUUUGGACGUAUUCCGAAAACGCAAACCAAUAUUGCUAUAGCAACGUUUAUACAGAGUUUAGCACCAUUAAAUUCUGCAGCGAACCCACUCAUUUACUGCGUCUUUUCAUCGCAAGUAUUUCGCACACUCAGCCGUUUUCCCCCUUUCAAGUGGUUCAAAUGCUGUUGCCGUUCUUAUUUAAAUAGUACUUUAACACAAAGUCGCUGCAGCACCGUGAGCCGUCGACUUCACUAUAGCUGCGAUUCAGUGCGAACGUUGACUACUUCGCUCGCCGUAUCACGACGCUCUACCAAAGCGUCAUCACAUGUAGUCAUAUGUGAAAAAGAAAAGGAUCCAUUAGCCGUUUCGGAAGUAUGAUGUCGUACACUAUUUAGAUCGCAUCUUAACCACAACCUUAAUACAUAACUUAAGUUAUUUUAAAAUUGAAUUGAAUGGUUUGUGAUACAAAAAUAAUAAAUUCGUAAAUUGUUGGAAUCAAAAAGAUACAAAGAACAUCAUUCUUAUGGCUGAUUUACAUAAAACUUUCCUUGCUUUCGCUUUGCGAAGUAAACAUAGAAGGACAUGUCAUAAUGAACGCUUUGCUUUCCCUGCUACUCUCAGAUAUCUAUUAUUGCGUGCAUUGAUAUUUAUUUUCAUCUUAACAGAUUUGGUAAACUAAUUUCACAUAAGUACAUACAUACAUACAUAUGUGUGUAUUUAUAUCAAAGCAUAAAAAGAUGUAAAUUUUUCGCCAUUUAUGCAAAAGCAAACAUCGAAUUUCUCUGUCAGAGCAAUAAUCUGAAGCAAAGCGAGGCAAAAGAUGCAUGUGAAUCAGUCAUUAAAGACCUCUCUUCGGUAAUUAAUAUUUAUGCUAACAUGCCGUGUAGACGCUGAUGUACUUAAAUGCAUGGAUAUGUAAGGAGAUAUGUACUUGCAAAAUAUUUUACUUAUAUGGCUAAUAUGCAUUUUUUUGCAUGUAUGUAUUUAUAUAUGUAAUAUAUAUGUAUAUAUAUAAAAUGUUAAACUAUGAUAAAAUACGCAUAGAUGAUAAGAAAAACAGAUUACAGAUUUUUUUUUAAAUAAAACUAAUUUUAUAUAUGUAUAUACAAACGUCUGGUUUUAUUAACGUUAUGUCGAGUUUCAUUAAAAGCCGCCAAUCACCAUUGAUUAAUUAUACUAUAAAAAUUUAUUUUUGGACGAAGUUAUAAGUCAGAGCUAUAUUAUUUAUUAUUUUAACAGGUGUGAAUACUUUAGCUCAUUACCAAUACCAAAAAAACUACUAAGAUAAACUACCAAAAAUUGUCGAUAUCUAAUACGAGUUCCAGAUAAUGCUAGACAGAAGCAUAGCCAGCGUCUCUCUCAUGCCUACUUCCCUGCACUUUCUGCCUAUAAUGUAAUUAAUUACGCUGAUCCGGUUCGCAUGUGAUGUCAAUAGUUGCCUUUUCCAAAUAUAGCGUGAGAGUAUACAUAUGUUCUAUUUUAUCCAUCAAAUCCUUCAUAUUGAGCAAGUCCCAAAAAUUCAUAUGGAGAAUUCACAUAACAAUCAAUUUUGCAACUGAUUUUACUGCAGAGCUUUCCACUUCAAUGUCGAUGGGAUGAGUUACUUUUUAGGGAAAACGUUGCUGUGGUACUUAUAGCCCCCAUUAUGCAGAGAACAGCAAGUCGCUGUAUCCCCUCCAAAGGUUUUAUGUAUGAGAUUUUACAGAUAGCGGUUUACCACACCAAAGCAUCGUAAAGCAAUUGACAGCAAUUGGCUUGAUUUCCGCUGUGUAACACCAAUGCAUGAGGCCAGGAUAAAAGUCCCCUUUUUCACUCUAUUCUUCAUAUUUUGUUUCUAAAUCAGUUUGCUAUCCAAAAUUACUCCAAGAUACUUGGUACGCACCCUAAUUGUUAACUCAACAGUUUAGAGCCUUAAGGGUUUUCAUAUCGAGAUUUUGUACCUCCUUGUAAAGAGUACCAUAUCCGUCUUACCGGCGAUAUCACCUAAAGCGUUAUUCAUCACGCUACUAAUAAUAGGCAUUAUAAUCGCUAUAUUUUAUUCAUUUCGAUUUGCGUU